UUGUUUAGAUGUCUAUUUGCACUGUUAAAGGAAAAUGUUCUAAUUCCGGGUAGUCCCUAGGCGGCGCCCCCCCCCCGUUGAUCUCGUUAAGGUGCUCCAUUAUAUCUCCAUUCGCAAGCCUAAGACAUUAGGUCUUCACUUCCGACGUUCUUUCAGUUUAGUAUCCUGUUUAGCGUGUACGCUAAUUUUUUUUCUGCUAAACUCAUUUCCGUACCGCACGACGUACGAAUAUUGAAUCUCGUGAAAUCCAGUACUGUAUGGCUUGAACUGCGAAGCCUCAACGGAGCGUGUUAAUCAGGUGAAAAGGGACUUAACCCCUCGACCCCUCGCCCUGGUGUACAUCGCGCGUCGGACAUAAUUCUGGUACCUUUCAUUUUUCAAAUAUAAUUCACCCACAUCCGGUAGUAUUUUUACCGAUUAUGGAUUACCUUUAAAAUCAUCCCUCUUUCGUAUUUUUGUUCGCGAUCCCGUUACAUCCUCGACAAAGCAUAAAUGCGGAUUAAACGGAAAGAUCGAUGACGAUCGCGCGUAGACGCGAGCACGAAGGGGUUCGGAAAGGGGUUGACACGGGAAGCGAGGUCGAAAGACAAGAUAGCGGAUAGAGGAUAAUAGACGGGGGAAUGUGGGAGGGGUGCUCGCGUCGCACCAAGGAGGGAGCAUUUUUACCUCCGGAUCCAGCAACCUUUCAAACACGACUCUAAUUGGCCCCGACGUCGCUGCCCUCGAUUGAUAGUUAAUAAUGCACGCUCGAAAAUAGUAUACAAUCAUUCCGAUUCGAAAUGGCAGUGCCACGCCGCCUGAAAAGAAACUCCCCCGUGCGUGCAUAAUAAUUAGUCCACCUGCACCCUCUCCCACACCUGUCGUGCAAGCGAACCUGCGCAAGCGUUCGAUACCGACGACCCCUAGGGCUGGCGAACGCUGAAAACCAGACACGGUGCCUCGGUUUGAUAUUCGGUCACCAUGGCGAUCAACAACCGGACGAUUUAGUCGACUGGCCUCGAUUCCGCAAAUAUUAGAAGCGACUCGGACUCCCGCAGCGAAGCUUGGGAAUACCCGCGCAGGAGACGACGGAAUUCCAACCGAAGGAAGAAUACAGCGAAGCAUUGCGGGGGGUGGGAGAGGGCGCAAUGAUCCAGGGGGGAAAAUGAAAAAUACGUCGCGACGAAUUGGAAGAUGAAGGUCUUACGAGAAUGUACAAGGGACACGAGGCGGACCCGCUUUAACUGAGACUCGUAGGUACAAGCAUCGGAGUAUUAACGCGUACAAAAUUUGUAAUCUAUCGAUACGUUUGCUUGUAAUAAUACGUUUACUUGUAAUUAAUUAUACGAGCUAGUAACUUCAUUGCACGUUACAUCGGAGUACGAACGCGUACAAAAUUUGUACUCUAUCGUUUGCUUGCGACUUAUGCGAAUCAAUGAUACGAGCUGGUAAUUUCUUUGCACGCCGCAGUUCGCGACUGCACUCGCAGCCAUGUCCUUUUACGUGGACGUCGUUACCGAGGAUUCCUUUUACGAGAACCUCACGCUAGGCGUGGUUAAGAUUCUGGAGAAUAUCGUCUACGUGAAAAAUGUACGAGUGGAGAGAAGAAACGGAUGCGAGUGCACGGCCAUCGCGAGCUGGGAGCAAAGGCAUUGCUGCCUGCUCCCGGAGGAUGUUCGGAACUUCUACGCCUCGAUCGACGGCUUUCAGCUUCUGUGGAACCUCGAGAUAGCGGGCGAGGAAUUCUCGGUGGGCCGCAUGGAGGUCGGCAGUCUGUCUUCCUUGAAACGGUACAGCGGUAAAGAGCCCCAGGCGGAGUCCUCGAGACUGGAAACCGAUCCGGAGAGAUCAGAGACGGAGCCAGGAAGCUCAGCCAGCCAGGAAAACGCGAUCGCGCUUCCGCCGGCCGACUCGCGGGGCUGCAAAAUGUUCGAGAUCGCCCGUUGUUUCCCCGCGAGUGGAAAGGCCAAGGUCUAUCUGGUGUACCGUGCGAAACCGGAGCAAGAGUCUCCUGGUAUCUGGUUGCAUCGAGAGGACGCGGAUCGAUGGUACCACUUGGCCGACACAUUCACCGUGUACUUUCGCAUGAUGCUCGUCCAUCUUGGCCUGCCUUUGUGGCAGUGCUGCGUGGCUGGCGUUCCUCUGCCCACGUGGGUCGAGCAGGUCUACUUCCUCGUCGGGCCGCAUCUACUGCCCUCCACUCUCGAGCCCACGGAGACCAUCUCCACUUCGCUGUGGAACAACGGGCCCAUCAACGUCAUCGAUCCGACCAUCUUCAAGGGGAAGGAGAAACAGAAGGCUCCCAGAAAGAAAUAACCUCUUCGAAUGGUGUUUCAUUCCUUUGUAUCUGAUUGUACUUUGUCAUAAAUAGAGAAAUUAAAACAUGAAGAAAGUUGGCGGAAUUUCGCUCCGAUAUCCUUAGCGUGCGCCCUGUUUUGACUCGGUCGGACUUUACUGAUUCGUCACAGCUACCUUGGUUGAACUUGGUUAAGCAAGAUAUUAAGGAAGUCCAAGUUUAGUCUCUAUUAAAGAGGUGUCUACAGUAUUGUCUCGGAAUAAGCAACACGCCGGUCCUGACCGAGUUGCUUAUUUCGAGACGAUACUGUAAAUGUUCCAGAAUUGAUCACAUUCGCCAACUUUAGUGGCGAUUAUGGACAAAAUCGGCGCAUUUAUCACAUUCGCAUCAAAUACAACUUUUACGUUACUCGAACUAAAUUCAUACCGAAAUAUUACAUCGAAUUGCACGUUGAAGAAACGCCCCGAAUACAUAGCUAAGGUGCUCGUAACGCGUCACGCGCUAUUUAGAUACAAUUAUGCUUCUGUCAUACUUUCGUUUUACUAAGAAUAAUGUAGUUGCAAUCGACAUUGAAAUCUCGAAACGGUCCCCCGCGAUCGUCUUUAUUUUAAGACCGCCAGUCACUAGAGCCUGUCGCGGUGGUCGCGCAGCAUCCGCGAAGCGAAGAACGGCGGAACUUUAUUCGAGGAACAGAAACGCGAAUAGAAUCGUCGCUCCUGCGCGAGCGAACGAACAAACGAUUUGUUGUUCCUUCGAUGUGAAUCAGAUCGAAAAAAAAUGCCGGGGGUGGAAGUCGAAGAAAACAGAAAAAUUCUCUCCAGCGGCGACCCUUCGCCUAGUUGGCACAAAGCGACACGGAAAAACGCCCGCCGAAAACGAAUUGGCAACACGCCCUCCCCUGUUGGCAGACGUGGUCGUCCGCGAAACGCAGUCACUUCGUCGCCAUCCGCGGACCUCUUUUAUCUCUUUUCUUCCAACUUUUCGUCGCUGGUGAAUUCAAAUCGCGGCACGCUGUCGUCGAACGUGCACGUUUCUCUCUCCCUUGCCCCCGACCUCUCUGCUUCCUUUGUAUGUUUCAUUUUUUUUUAUUCUUCCUCGUGUCUAAUGCAUAUUCGAUUCGUCUUACCAGCUCAUUUAACGUACAAGAACAUUUCGUUGUUCUGCAUUCGAGUACAGGUUUCUCAGGAUGUUCCCGAGUGGUAGAAACACGAGCGUUCCUGUUCGUUGGAGGAGACGUAAUUUCGCUGGCACUUGCGCGGGUUUCUUUUUUAGGUACCGCCGAUGCCAAUAUUUCUCUACUUUGGAAAAUAUUUGCGCGUCGAGAAGUUUGUCUUCUGGCUAGUCGAGCACGGACAAAUUUAUGCCCUCGGCCGUGGAGAUAUAGCGGUAAGCGAUUUACAAACCGAAGCUAAGACCUUAUUUGCGCAUAAGUUUCACGCGGACCAAGUCAUCGACGCUUUUUGCUCGUUUCCUGAUCGAUGUGUUUUUCUUGUCCGGGUUCUUUGGCUCUUCCAGCGGUAUGGAAACGAUCCGUUUGGAACCUGAACGUUUCAGGCUGUGUGAAACGUCCUCUUCGGGAGUUAUAAUAGGAGAAUAAUUCUAUUUAUGUAUAAUAAGGGUAUGUAGAAAUUAUUUGGAUAAAUUAAGAGGCACCUUUGACCAAAGAAUACAUAAAUACAGUAAAGUCUGCUUACAUGUACAAAAAGCAUCCCAACAUGAUCCGGAAUCGGAUAUCUCGGCGACGUAAAACUCAUCGACGUACCCUGGUAUUUUCCCUUCGUCUUCGUGUUUAUUCGUUGUCCUUCUCUACGUUCGAAGCUCGUCGGCAAACAUCAGAAAAUAUACGUACUCUACGUUAAACGCACAAGAGUUUGGUCCCGAGCUUAUGCGUUUAAAGGGACUUUACUGUACUAUCUCCUAAAGAGCCUUUCAGUAAAUUGCAAAUAAAAUUGUGCUACAAUUCAGCCAAUAGAAGGUAAAUGCUUUCGUUAAAGUUCCUGACAAUUUAACAAAAGCAUCAAUUUCACACCGGAGCUUUAUUGGCUUAAUUACAGCACGCUUUCAUUAUCCCCCGACGCAAAGGAAAAACUUGCUCGAAGUUUCUCGCCGAACUGUUUCUAUAUUGCUCGCGAACCCGAAGAGUCUAUACACGUUUGUUUCUGUAUAUGCUCGCUGAUACCAAGUAAAAAGGGACGCUUGUCAAAGAACCAAUAAAAUGUGUCAACGACUAAUUGCGUACAAAAAUGAAAUUCAGUCACCGAUUUGAAAAAUACUUGCAACUAUAUUUCGAAGAGCUUGGUUCUUCAGGGUUAAGUACAGCGAUGUAUUACGCUGUUCUAUUUUCAAAUGAUUUCGAUACCAGUCUUAAGAAGCCUCCAAUUUGCAGUAAGGAUCCAACAAGCGGAGUACAAUUUCGUCGCUAUUUUCAGAAGCUCUUUUUUCGUGCUUUUCAACGCUACCGAUAUAACUCUGGUUUAUAAAACGCUGUCUUGCGAGAAGUUUAUUCCGCGGUCUCCUCUACGGGAACUCGAGGCAUCCGUUUAUAUGUUAGAAUAUUCCAUUGUUGCGCUCUUGGCUGGUUUGGAUAUCAUUCUUAAGAAGCCUCCAAUUCGCAGGGGUACUCUUAACCGUUGGAGUAUAAUUGCUCCUCUUCCAAACGAUUACGACACUUUUGCUCUUUUAAUCGGUCCUUUUAACGAUAAGUAAUGUUUUUGGCUUCUAAUAGCGCCGGGUCUUGUUCGAAACGUGGUUCCUGCCAUUUGAUGCAACGACUCUGCUAUUUAUGGAGUAUCCAUAAAUAAAGAACAUGCCUCCUUUGUAUCUCAACGGCGUUAAUAGAUCUCCAAUUGUCAAAGAAGAUUCUAAAUAUAUACAUGUAUUGUAUAUAUCCCCGAGCAUCGUUUCAGAAAUACCUCCAAAUAGGGAAAAAAGCGAGCGUCACUCGUGAAACGAAGUUUCGCUGGAAUUAGUACGACGUUUUCGUUUCCUUUUUUUUUUUUUAUGUUACAGCAUAACGAUGCAUUCACAGUUUGAAAAACGUCAGUCUCUCGGCUCGCACGUUCCUAUGAUCAAAUUUUGAACAAUUCAGCGCCGCUCGUCAAAACCUCUACGUCAAUUUGCUGGGAUAAAGGGUCGACCACAGAGGGAGGGGGAGGGGGAGGGGGGGCAGAGGGGCAAAGUAAACCUAAAUAUAGCUCGUUAGAAGCAGGGAGAAUCGAUUUAUACAUAAAAUAAGUAUUCGCGUCUAUACUUAGCCCCGCCCUCCUAACGCGAGUCACUCGAUUAAAAUGCUUUCCACGAUAAAAUUGUUAAACCUCUCGCUGGGUAUAUAAAACGGAAUAAAAAUGCGCGUGACGCGACACCUUGCGAAACGCUCUUCGCGCG